AUGUUUCGAUUUUCUUAUCGUUUUAUGGCUCGCCCUGCUCUUCGCAAGGGGGCUGCCAAGGCUCCCAAGGCGGUGAAGGUGCAGCCUGUCAAGUGCCUGACGCAGCCUGCUGCUUCGAUCCAUAACGCCUCCGUUGUGCCACCCCUCGAGGUGGUGCCCCCAAGGAUGCCGUCGCUUGACAUCACACCGCCAUCGCACGCCACUGCAGUGGCGACGGAUGCGGGGAAGGUGAAGGCCGCAUCCCUCAAAAAGACAGUAAAGAAGCCGACGAAGAAGCCGGCAAAGGUGGCGAAGAGCAGUCACAAUAAGCCCACAAAAUCAAAGGCGGAGGCAGAGACCGUGACACCGAAAUUGACUCCAAAGAAGCCGAUGAAACUGAAGUCGGUUAAUAAACCCAAAACGAAGGAGGUACCGAAGGAAUUCAAGGCGGCGAAAUCAAAGGUCCCCAAGAAACUGAAAUCGAAGCCAAAGCGCAAGUGA